AAUCGCAGCGCCACUGAAGCCUGAGCGAGGAAAGGAAGAAUGGAGCGGAGAAAACCCGCGGCCGUUUUAUAACAGUUAUUCCGAAAAUCUCUUGUCGUAAACCCACAAAUAACUUAUGUGCGAGGGGCACGACGGAGCGAUGCGAGCCCCGCACUGAAAAAAAGCCCAAAAAGGAGCAGAGGAGAGAAAACGGGAGGAAAAGAUGGGCGCCGUACUACGGAGUCUCUUUUUGUGUAGUUUCUGUUUGCAAAUACGGGCUGCACCACUUCUCCUGUACGCGAACCGGCGCGACCUGCGGCUGGUGGACGCGGCUCAUGGGCGUGGGAAUGCCACGGUGGUAGUGAGUGGCCUGGAGGAUGCUGCGGCCGUGGAUUUUAUUUAUGCCCAGGGUCUGAUCUACUGGAGUGAUGUAAGCGAGGAGGCCAUCAAGCGCACGGUCUUCAAUGGCUCUAGCCCCAGCGGCGACCAGACCAUCGUGGUGUCCGGCUUGGCCUCCCCUGAUGGGCUGGCUUGUGACUGGCUAGGGAAGAAGCUUUACUGGACGGACUCAGAAACCAACCGGAUAGAAGUGGCAGAGCUUAAUGGAUCGUUUCGGAAAGUUUUGUUCUGGCAGGGCCUCGAUCAGCCAAGAGCAAUUGCUUUGGAUCCAAGCAGAGGGUACAUGUACUGGACAGACUGGGGUGAGAUUCCGAAGAUUGAGAGGGCGGGUAUGGAUGGCACAAAUCGAGCUGUUAUCGUUGACACUGAAAUCUACUGGCCCAACGGGCUUACUUUAGACUACAGCCAGCAGAAACUGUACUGGGCCGAUGCUAAGUUUAACUUUAUUCACCGUUCCAACCUGGAUGGCAUGGGAAGAGAGGUUGUGCUGAAGGGCUCACUCCCACACCCAUUUGCUCUGACGCUGUACGAAGACACGCUGUUCUGGACAGACUGGAACACACACUCUAUACACUCCUGCCAGAAGCAGACGGGACAGGAACGUCGUGAGAUCCACACCAACAUCUUUUCUCCCAUGGACAUCCACGUCUUCAGCCAGAAGAGACAGCCCACUGAUGUGAGUACUCCCUGCUCUCUGAUGAAUGGUGGCUGUUCGCACCUGUGCCUGCUGUCUCCAAUGAAGCCCUACUACCAGUGUGCCUGUCCCACCGGUGUGCAACUGCUGGAGGACAACAAGACCUGCCGAGAUGGUGCCACACAGCUCCUCCUUCUGGCCCGUCGAACAGACCUGCGACGAAUCUCCUUGGACACUCCAGACUUUACAGACGUUGUGCUGCACGCCGAGGACAUCCGACAUGCUAUCGCCAUCGACUACGAUCCUGUAGACGGCCACAUCUACUGGACAGACGAUGAGGUGCAGGCCAUCCGCAGGUCUCGUCUAGAUGGCAGCGAAGCCCAGUUCAUUGUCACCUCCCAGGUGAACCACCCAGAUGGGAUUGCCGUGGACUGGAUCGCAAGGAACCUCUACUGGACGGACACUGGCACGGAUCGAAUUGAGGUGACACGGCUAAAUGGAACAAUGAGGAAGAUUUUGAUCUCGGAAGACCUAGAUGAGCCAAGAGCCAUUGUUCUGGAUCCUGUUUCAGGGUACAUGUACUGGACCGACUGGGGAGAGAUUCCCAAGAUUGAGCGUGCUGCUCUUGAUGGCACAGAGCGGGUAGUGAUGGUGAACACCUCUCUUGGUUGGCCCAAUGGACUAGCGCUCGACUAUGUGGAGAGAAAGAUCUAUUGGGGGGAUGCCAAGACUGACAAGAUUGAGGUGAUGAAUAUGAAUGGAACAGGCCGGAAAAUCCUGGUUGAAGACAAACUCCCUCACAUAUUUGGGUUCACACUCCUUGGUGAUUACAUCUACUGGACCGACUGGCAACUCAGGAGCAUUGAGCGUGUUCACAAACGCACUGCCGAAAGGGAAGUGAUUGUCGACCAGCUGCCCGACCUCAUGGGCCUGAAGGCCACGUAUGUGCACCAAGUAUUUGGUACGAACCCAUGUGCUGAAAAUAACGGCGGUUGCAGUCACCUGUGCCUGUACAAGCCGCAGGGUGUGGCAUGCGCGUGCCCCAUCGGCCUUGAGCUCAUUGCUGACAUGAGCACUUGCAUCGUGCCUGAGGCCUUCCUGCUCUUUUCCCGCCACAGUGACAUCAGGCGUAUCUCCCUGGAAACCAACAAUAACAACGUGGCUAUCCCGCUGUCUGGUGUGAAGGAAGCGUCCGCGCUGGAUUUCGAUGUCACAGACAACCGUAUCUACUGGACUGACAUCACACUGAAGACCAUCAGCCGAGCGUUCAUGAACGGCAGUGCUCUGGAGCAUGUGGUGGAGUUCGGCCUGGACUACCCUGAGGGCAUGGCGGUGGACUGGUUAGGCAAGAACCUGUACUGGGCAGACACAGGCACUAACCGCAUUGAGGUGGCCAAACUAGACGGCCAACACAGGCAGGUCUUGGUGUGGAAGGACCUGGACAGCCCGCGAGCGCUGGCACUGGACCCUGCUGAAGGUUUCAUGUACUGGACUGAGUGGGGUGGGAGGCCCAAGAUUGACCGAGCAGCCAUGGAUGGAACAGGCCGCAUAACGCUGGUGCCCAACGUGGGCAGGGCCAACGGUCUCACCAUCGAUUACGCCGAGAGACGGCUCUACUGGACUGACCUGGAUACGACGCUCAUCGAAUCAUCCAACAUGCUUGGUCUCGAACGUGAAGUGAUUGCCGAUGACUUGCCUCACCCAUUUGGCCUCACGCAAUACCAGGACUACAUCUACUGGACCGACUGGAGCCAGCGCAGCAUCGAGCGGGCUAACAAGACCAGCGGUCAGAAUCGUACUCUCAUCCAGGGUCAUCUGGACUAUGUGAUGGACAUCCUCGUGUUCCACUCAUCGCGGCAGGGCGGCUGGAAUGCCUGCGCAUCCACCAACGGCCACUGCUCCCACCUCUGCCUGGCUGUGCCUGUUAGCAGCUAUGUAUGCGGCUGUCCAGCCCACUAUUCGCUUAAUAACGACAACAAAACCUGCAGUGCGCCCACCUCCUUUCUACUGUUUAGCCAGAAAACAGCUAUCAACCGCAUGGUGAUGGAUGAGCAACAAAGCCCUGACAUUAUCCUGCCAAUUCACAGCCUGCGCAAUGUUCGAGCCAUCGACUAUGACCCGCUCGACAAGCAGCUUUAUUGGAUUGAUUCCAAACAGAACGUCAUUCGUCGUGCCCAAGAAAACGGCAAUCAGAGUAUGACUGUGGUGUCCAAUUCAUUGGGGGGCCACAACCUCGGCCUGCAGCCAUUCGACCUGAGUAUUGACAUCUACAGCCGUUUCAUCUACUGGACCAGUGAGGUCACCAACGUCAUUAAUGUUACCCGUACUGAUGGUACACGCGUGGGAGUUGUCCUUCGCGGAGAGCUUGACAAACCCCGAGCAAUCGUGGUCAACCCAGAGAGAGGGUACAUGUACUUCACCAAUCUGCAGGAGCGCUCUCCUAAGAUCGAACGAGCGGCUCUGGAUGGCACUGAAAGAGAGGUGCUGUUCUUCAGUGGUCUGGGCAAGCCUGUUGCCUUGGCUAUUGACAACGAGCUGGGCAAGCUCUUCUGGGUGGACAUGGACUUGCGCCGCAUUGAGAGCAGUGACCUGUCUGGUGCCAAUCGGAUCGUGAUCGAGGACUCGAACAUCCUGCAGCCAGUCGGCCUGACUGUGUUUGGAGAUCACCUCUACUGGAUUGACCGACAGCAGCAGAUGAUUGAGCGAAUUGACAAGACGACACGUGAGGGCCGCACCAAGAUCCAGGCGCGCAUUGCUUCUCUGACAGACAUCCAUGCUGUUCAUGAGCUCGACAUGGAGGAGUACAAUAAACACCCCUGUACUUCUGACAAUGGAGGCUGCUCCCACAUUUGUAUUGUGAAGGGAGACGGCACCACACGCUGCUCCUGCCCUGUUCACCUGGUUCUUUUGCAAGAUGAGCUUUCGUGUGGAGAGCCACCCACUUGUUCACCGGUGCAGUUCUCAUGCACGUCAGGUGAGGUGGACUGCAUCCCGCAGGCAUGGCGCUGUGAUGGAUUCGCCGAGUGCGAUGAUGAGAGUGAUGAGCGCGACUGCCCUGUGUGCUCAGAUGAGGAGUUCCAGUGUGACAGCAAGCAGUGUGUGGACAUCUCUCUGCGCUGCAAUGGAGAGAUCAACUGCCAGGACCGCUCGGAUGAGAACAAAUGCGAAGUUUAUUGCCCUCCAGAUCAAUUCACCUGUAACAAUGGUCAGUGCAUUGGCAAACACAAGAAGUGCGACCAUAACAUGGACUGCAUGGACAACUCUGAUGAAAUUGGCUGCUACCCCACUGAAGAGCCCUCCCCGCAGCCCACCAACACCAUCGGCUCCAUCGUUGGUGUCGUGAUGACCCUGUUUGUCGUAGGCGCUGUCUACUUUGUGUGCCAACGGGUGCUAUGCCCACAGAUGAAGGACGACGGUGAGACCAUGACCAACGACUUUGUAGUGCACGGACCAUCCUCUGUGCCACUAGGCUAUGUGCCGCACCCCAGCUCCUUGUCAGGCUCUCUGCCAGGCAUGUCCCGUGGGAAAUCUGUGAUUGGCUCCUUAAGUAUAAUGGGUGGUAGCAGCGGACCUCCAUAUGACCGUGCCCACGUAACAGGAGCUUCCUCCAGCAGCUCGUCCAGCACCAAGGGCACUUACUUCCCUCCUAUCCUUAACCCUCCCCCCUCUCCUGCUACAGUUCGCUCUCAGUACACUAUGGAGUUUGGCUACUCGUCCAACAGUCCCUCCACACAUCGCUCAUACAGCUAUAGGCCAUACAGCUAUCGCCACUUCGCCCCUCCGACCACACCGUGUAGCACAGAUGUGUGUGACAGUGACUACACACCGGGGCGCCGGGCCCCACCAGCUUCCAGCGCUGUGGCCAAGGGCUAUACCAGCGACCUCAACUAUGACUCAGAGCCCUUUCCCCCUCCCCCCACCCCACGUAGCCAGUACCUAUCAGCCGAGGAGAACUGCGAGAGCUGCCCUCCAUCUCCUUAUACAGAGCGCAGUUACUCACACCACCUCUAUCCCCCUCCCCCCUCGCCCUGCACAGACUCAUCAUGAGCCUUGCAAAUCGUGUGCAAAACCCCACCCCUUAUCACCCCAUUGGUGUAAAUAGCAAUUGUGCAUAUAAUGAACUUUUUUGGUUUUGUUUUUUUUACAAAAAAAAGAGAAAGUGACUGAUGCUUGAGCUGAAAGGCUGUUCUGUACAGAGCAAGAAAUAGAAAAAGAAGAGAGACUUUGGUGCACAGAGCUGACAGAUCCUUGUACAUUUAAAA